AUGUGGGGUUGGGUUGGCAAUCUCAUGGUAUCCCUGGCGGUGGGACGCGUAACGCCAACAGAAAAUGGCUUGGCGUUCUUACUGUCGAUGCUUAAGGACGUAGUUCAUGCCUGUGCAGUGGACUACCUUGAAACUGAUGUUGCCAAUUUAGGUAAUUGGAAUAAGACCGCCAAGGAAGUGAUUGACAAGGCAGACAAGAAGUGUGGUGAAAUUUUGGAGAAAGUUAGUCAAACACAACCUGAAGGUAAGAUUUUUGAGAACGCUCAAAGUUUACAAACUGAGGGUAAAAGACUUUUGCAGGCUGCGACUGAGGCUAAGAGGCAAGUUGGCAAGAAAGUCGGUGAAGCGUUGGAGGCUAUUGUAAGAAUGGACAGAGAUCUCAAGAGGGAUUUGAAGAGUGUUAAAGACAAGAUCAAAGGAGGGAUAGAGAGUGUGAUUGACAACUUGGAAGUUAUGAAGUUGGGUGAGAAUGUGAAGAGUGAUUUGGGGGAGUUGAGGAGGAAGAUUGAGAAACUUGAGCAGCAAGUUGAACCGCCUGGUGGUCUUGUAAGUGGUCAGUUGGAACAGCUCAAAAAGGCCAAAGAGGAGUUCAAUCAGAAGACAAAUCCAAUUAAGGAUGAGACUGGAAAGCUUGAACAGAACUUUAGGACGCACAUCCAAGAUCCGCUUAACCUUAAAGUCCUAGGAGUUGACCAGGCGAUUGGGACGCUUGGCGGGAAGUUUAGUCUAAGUAAAGGAAAAGAUAAUAUUCAAGGUAUUUUUGAUUAUAUUAAAACGCAGGUUGCGGCAAUUAAGGGGAGUGCAAGAAAAAAAACAGGCCUUGAAGGGAUUAAGCAGAAAGUGAAGGACCUUGCUGAGCAUUUUGUCGACGAUCGGAAGCCUAAUCAUAGUUUUAAGCUUAGAGUGGACGGUUGGCUGGAAGGUAUAAUAGGGAAUAACGGGCAAGGGACAAAAGAAAAAAAGGGGUUGAAAGCUGUGACUUCUUGGCUUGGGACGAAUGGUGUUGAUGCAUUGAAAAGAUCUGUUAAAGACCAGAUUAUGGCACAGAUUAUAUCCCAAAUGACUGCGGCUCAAGUGAAGUUUAAUGGGUUAGCAGGUAAUAUUGAGCAAAACAGCAUCACACAAAAUCUGGACGGCAUCAAGCAAGCUUGCGACGAAUUUGUCAGCAACCUUGACGAGCAGAUUACCAAAUCGGGAAUUGGCCCGCUUGCCACAAGGGUUUUAAGUGGGAUUCAGGGUAAAACUAAACCCAACAACACCGAUAAUCUCGAAUUCGCCGUGAAAGCCGCCCUCGUUGCGCUCUGCGUUGCUGUCAAGACUGUGGCCGACGAGCUCCAGUCAUUAGGCAUCGGCAAGUUUGGCAACUUAGAUGAGAUUCUUCGCCAAACUAAUGAACUUCACACGGCGCUUGAAGGGGCGACUAGCCAAUCCACCUCCGCCGGCCCUCACGAAAGCCCCGCCCAAGCCGUGGACAGUAAGUUGAAUGCGGUGAGGAAUUUUGUGAAUGGGAAUAAUGGUAAUGAUAAUAUUACCAAAAAGUUUGAGAAAGACGUCAAACAACCACUCGCCGAUGCGGUCGGCAGACUUCCCGCCGCCGUUCGCGAUUUCAACGGUGUCGCCGAACAGCAGAUCAAGGCUGCGGCCAUUACGGCGAUUACGAAGGCGGUUGAGGAAAUCGAGAUGGACGUUGAUGGCAAAGUAAAACUUGAUGAACAUGGUCAAAUGUCUAAUUUCGAAAAAGCCCACAAGCUGAUCAGAGAGAAGCUCGACGGAGACCUUAAGAAGCUAGUUGAAGACCACAUUGGGGAGGAUGACACGGCAGGUGGUCAAGGUGGUACAAUUUCUGAGCUUGCUGGUGGAAGCUUUGAGCAGUAUAGCGGACACGUUGCACGACCUGUCAAACAAUCUUUUAAUGGUACUCAAGACGAAGGCCAACUUCCAUAUGCGAUCGGGAGCAUCAAGAUAGAGGUGGACAAGGCUUUGGAUAUCCUCAAACCGAAUGGUAGUUCUGGACAAGAUCAGAUUACUACCAAAACCUUCGAAGAGCCGUUCAAUGAUAUUAAGACAGAACUUGAUGAGAUCGCCGAGUGUGUUGACAGUGAGAAGGCGACGCCGGCGGUUAAACAACUAGAUAACAAAGAUGGUAUCAGACAGCGGCUGAGUGAUUUGACUAAAAUGCUUCUACAUUCACCAUCUGUUUUUCUUGAGUCCACUCUUGAUUCGGGUAUUACGAACCCUGUCAAAGGCCUCGAUGCAAUCAAGUCAGCGAUUGACGCUCUGCAACAAGAUCCGUUCACUAACCGACCCGCUGCAAGCGACUCAGCCGUCAAAGCAAUUAGGCAGGAGCUUGAACAGCUCAGAGGGAAGUUGAAGAAAGAUAACGGUGAGGAUGUUAUUUUGACCUUGACAGAGCUGCAGAGCAAGGGUCUUGAAAAACAAGAUUGGCAGAAUGGUAAAGGUCAACCUCUCAGUGGUCUUGGGAAAAUUGAGAGUGAGCUUCAGAAAGAAAAUGCUAUAUUGCCCGAGGAAACAAGAAAAAUUACCGAAGCCAUCAUCGAAAUUAGGAGGGAACUGGCAAGGGUAGGAUUUAAGUUGCAAGGUUUAUUCACUACUAAUGACGUCAUAGACGAGUUGACGUGGUUGGGGAACAAGAUCGGCAAAAAUGGAAUAAAGGCCAAAGAUAAUCUCCAUGACAUCUACGAGAAAAUAAGGCAAUUGCAACAAAUUCCGUUUCAAGAACAUCCCACUAAAAUACAAGACGCCAAGCAAGAAAUUGUCCAUGGACUUACUGCCCUUCAAAUCGAGUUGCAAGGCAAGACAGGUGAAGAUGUCAUAAAGACACUGGAAGAUUUGCAGAACAAUGGACUAAGUGCAACUGAAACAUGGACCGUUAAAGGUGAAAGUAAAAAAGGCCUCGCGAAAAUCGAAAAUGAACUUCAACGUCAACAAGGCAUAUUGCACAACCAGCCCAAUACCAUCGGCCAAGGCGUCACCCAAAUCACCGGUGAGCUUGAAAGGCUUAGAGGGACGUUGAACGCUGAGGUCACCGACAAGCUGAGUAAGCUGAAACAGCAUGGCCUUGAAAAAGGUGCUACAAAAUGGAAUGAAGGUAACAAUAUCAAUGGCCUCGUCAAGAUCAAGAAUCAACUUGAGAAGCUGAAAAACGAGAUCGAUCAAAACAUGAACAGAAAAGUCAAGAGCUACGAAAAAGGCGAUUCGUGA